UUUUCAUUAGCGAGUAAAGGAUGCAUCCUCGAAACGAUGCAGUUGGUGCUAGCUCUAGAUUUCUUGGGCGAACGGAUAGCUAUCUAAGUACUUCGCUUAUUAAUUAAUUCUUGCCCUAGCAAUCUAUCCAUCCUCACCGUCGUAUCUGACAUGGGUAUGCCCCGCCUUCUCUACAUUGAGAGCAUUCAGCAAAUCGCAAAAUGCCACUCGCUCUAGAAGAAAUAAAGGACGAGAAAGAUUUCGACGGGGUCCAAACCGUCCUCUUCGAAGCCUUUGGCGAGCCAUAUAAUUCUCUCCGGCGAUGGUUCAUACCUGUCUACACCACCGACGAAGCAGCCAUCCAGGACUCCAAGGAGCGAACGGUGAAAAACUGGAAGGCGCAUGAUAAUCUCCACUGGGUUAAGGUCACAGACACGGACACAGGGAAGAUUAUCGGAGCAGCCGAAUGGGAGAUUCGUGAGAAAGUGGACAGUGAACCGCAGAAGCCGAUCAAUGCGUACUGGCAUAAAGAGGGCUCGGAGGAGAAGGCGUUUGCGGAACAGCUUUUGAUGAAUUUGAAGGGGUUUGUGAAGGAGAGGAUGGCCCGCCCUCACAUUGAGCUGGAGCAAUUGGUCGUACACCCCGAUCACCGUAAGAGGGGUGCUGGGAAGUUACUAACCGACUGGGGCAUCAGUCGGGCGGAUGAAUUGGGCUUAGAAUGCUGUGUUGAGUCGGUCCCCUUCGCUGCCCCUAUCUACGAGAAGUUAGGGUUCGGCAAUGUCGAUGGUCUUAUCCCAGAUAUGAGUAUUCCCGAGCCAAGCGCGAAAUGGAAGGAUUAUGCGGCGGAUGACCUGUGCGUCUUUUUACUAUGGCGCCCGGUAGGCCAUGACUAUGAUCCUAAGACAGACAGGCUCCCAUGGGGAAAAGUCUGAUAUAUAGUAACGAUUGAUUGUGUCUAUUUCUCAGUGUUUCGGAGAGUUGUUGAUUGGAUUAUAGUUGGGACCGAUACUUAUCUUCCGCCUACGGGGUUCUCAUGCAUGAGUGUAAGGAAUCUUCACCUAUCAAAUACCGAGGCGCGGAAUUCAGACUCUGCAGAUUU